AUGGCGAUGAUUGAACAAAGGCCGAAGACGAAGAUCGUUUGUACACUCGGUCCUUCUGCCAGAUCCGUUCCGAUGCUCGAGAAGCUUCUCAGGGCUGGUAUGAACGUCGCUAGGUUUAACUUUUCUCAUGGAUCUCAUGAGUACCACCAAGAGACUCUCGAUAAUCUCCGUCAAGCUAUGCUUAACACCGGGAUCCUUUGCGCCGUCAUGCUCGACACCAAGGGUCCAGAAAUCCGAACCGGGUUCUUAAAAGAUGGGAAACCAAUCCAAUUGACACAAGGCCAAGAGAUCACCGUUUCAACUGACUAUGAUUUGAAGGGUGACGAGAACACAAUUUGCAUGAGCUACAAAAAGUUGGCUGUAGAUGUGAACCCAGGAAUGGUCAUACUCUGUGCUGAUGGUACCAUCUCGUUACUUGUCCUCUCUUGUGACAGAGAGAAUGGUACAGUCCGUUGCCGCUGUGAGAACAGUGCGAUGCUCGGUGAGAGAAAGAAUGUCAAUCUCCCUGGUGUUGUUGUGGAUCUCCCAACUCUAACUGAGAAAGACAAAGAAGACAUCAUGCAAUGGGGAGUCCCGAAUCAAAUUGAUAUGAUUGCUCUGUCUUUUGUCAGAAAAGGUUCAGAUUUGGUUCAAGUCCGGAAGGUACUUGGAAAGCAUGCUAAAACCAUUCUUCUCAUGUCAAAGGUUGAGAACCAAGAAGGUGUGGCAAAUUUCGAUGACAUCUUGAUCAAUUCAGAUGCUUUUAUGAUUGCGAGAGGAGAUCUCGGCAUGGAAAUCCCAAUCGAAAAGAUCUUCCUAGCUCAGAAAGUGAUGAUCUACAAAUGCAACAUCCAGGGAAAACCAGUGGUCACAGCAACUCAGAUGCUCGAGUCCAUGAUCAAAUCUCCUCGACCCACAAGAGCCGAAGCCACAGAUGUUGCAAAUGCUGUCCUUGAUGGCACAGACUGUGUCAUGCUCAGUGGUGAAACUGCAGCUGGAGCAUACCCUGAGCUAGCUGUCCGUACAAUGGCUAAGAUAUGCGUGGAAGCCGAAAGCACCCUCGACUACGGAGAUGUCUUCAAGAGGAUCAUGCUAACCUCUCCUGUUCCAAUGAGCCCGCUCGAGUCACUCGCAUCCUCAGCGGUCAGAACCGCUAACUCAGCUAGAGCCACUCUCAUAAUGGUCCUAACCAGAGGAGGAAGCACGGCAAGACUUGUGGCUAAGUACAGACCAGGAAUGCCUAUUUUGUCGGUCGUUGUCCCUGAGAUCAAAACCGAUUUCUUCGACUGGUCUUGCAGCGACGAGUCUCCCGCGAGACACAGCCUUAUCUUCCGCGGUCUGAUCCCUGUGCUCUACGCGGGAUCCGCGAGAGCCUCCCACGAUGAAUCAACCGAAGAAGCUAUUGAGUUUGCGACUCAGCACGGGAAAGAGAAAGAGCUGUGCAAGACUGGAGACUCCGUCGUUGCUCUACUCCGAGUUGGUAACGCUUCCCUUAUCAAGAUCUUGACCGUCAAGUGA